UGACCCGCCCCUCCUCUACGAAUGAGAUCCAGCCCGACGCGCCCUCUGCUGCGCUUCAUGGAUGCUUCAGCACUUCAGCAUCCUCAGUUCCUGCGCAGCUCUGCGGAAAAUCACACCGUGACGCGGACAAAUCUGACCACGCUGUUAUUUUUCCAAGGCUAUUCUGUACACUACAGAUACUUGAGAGAGCUGCCAUGGCGAACAGAGGCCCCAGCUACGGACUGAGUCGAGAGGUGCAGGAGAAGAUCGAGCAGAAGUACGACCCUGACCUGGAGCAGCGCUUGGUGGACUGGAUCGUUGGCCAGUGUGGAGGGAACCUGGAGAGGCCGCAGACGGGCAAAGAGAACUUCCAGAAAUGGCUCGUGGAUGGAACAAUCCUCUGUCGGCUCAUCAACAGCCUUUAUCCGAGAGGGAAAGAGCCUAUCAAGAAGAUUCCAGAGACGCAGAUGGCCUUCAAACAGAUGGAGAAGAUCUCUCAGUUCCUGGAAGCUGCUGAAGCUUACGGAGUAACAACCACGGACAUAUUUCAAACUGUGGAUCUCUGGGAAGGAAAGGACAUGGCGGCAGUGCAAAGGACUCUCAUGUCUCUGGGGAGUGUGGCCGUCACCAAGGACGACGGUCACUACAGAGGUGACCUGGACUGGUUCCGCAGGAAAGCCCGGGGAUACCGGCGAGAGUUCAGCCAGGAGCAACUCCGCCAGGGCCAGAGUCUGAUUGGCCUGCAGAUGGGCAGCAACCGCGGGGCCUCCCAAGCUGGCAUGACGGGCUACGGCAUGCACCGCCAGAUCAUGUAGACCGCUUACUGACUGACUCCCUCCCCUGCUUUCAGACCUCCUUUUCUACUAAUACCCCCAAGGUUGUAGCCCCGAUAUAUACCUCCAUCUCCUCCAUAGCGCCUGCCAUGUGAACCUCAAAUUUCCUUGAAUUGCUGCUUUCCCAAAACAGUGUUGUACCUUAAAAAAUUAUGUCAAAUACGAGUCUUCUUCAAACUCUCUUCCUGUUAAUCUCUUGCCUCCCUCUUUGUUUACCUGCAUCUAUAAAUGAUUACAUAAUGAGUAGCUGAAAGUUAUUUAAGAAUAACGAUGGCAAAAGAAACCAUCUGUGUUAUUUACAUUAUCAUUCUGAAAUACUGUUAGCCACUGUUACAACAUGCUGUAUGCUUUCUAUUUGUAUUUAUGUGUACAUUUAUUUACUUCUAGCUAUUGUCUCAGGAUGAUCUGUACGUGAGUACUUAUUUAGCCAUCUAGCGUGAUGAGCUCAUUAAGUUAUUCAACGUGUCUGUGGUCUUGUCUGAGGACUUUUUGCAGUAUGCUCUGUAACCAAAUCAACCUCACGUUGUGCCUGGUUAUGGGACUACGGAGACCGGGUCCUGAUACAUUGACCUAAAAAUACGUUCGAUUCGGAAUCAUGCUCUGGUUUUUUGUUAGCUAGAUUAUAUCUUUGUAUAUAUGUGUCAAUGCAAGUAAAUGUGCAGCUGCCAGCAUGUUUGACAGUGAAGUUUUCAUUUCUGGUGCCAGGUAAAGACGUUGCGUCUUUGUGCACUUUUAUUAAUUGUUUUGUUUUUAUAUUUUUGACCACUUAUAUAU